AUGUCUAAAACAACUUCCCAUGAUCCUCUUGGUCGUUCCAGAACCGAGAUAGAGGUCGAAGUCACUGUGGCUAUUCUCAUUUGCCUCACAGCAGUGUUCGGUAACUUGCUGGUUCUUUAUGUUGUCAACAGAGAUUCCAGGCUCCGCAACGUCACCAACCUGUUCAUUCAUCAUUUGGCGUUGACUGACAUCGUCUCGGCAACGAUAGACAUGCCAUUCUGGAUAACGAGCCUAUAUACGGGAACUUGGAAUUUUGGCCAAGUGUGGUGUCAGGUGGCAGGAUCAACUUUUAAUUUUUUGGGGUGUGCCUCCAUACUGAUGAUGGGAUUGAUAGCCUUCAAUCGAUACAUGAAAGUCGUAAAACCCACCCUGUAUAAAAAAGUAUUCCCCAAUAAAAAAGCAGCUCAGAUGUAUUGUGUUCUCAUUUGGCUGGUUGCAGUUUUAAUGGCCAUAACUUAUCUGAGUGGAUGGGCAGGAAUAAAAUUUCACAUGCGACUUUUGAUAUGUUCCUCUGAGCACACUGCAUACGGAUUAGCUAGUGCAGGGGUGAUUAUUAACGGAGUCAUGAUUAUGAUAUUUUAUUGUCACUUUAGAAUCUACAAAGCUGUAAGACAAAGCACGGAAAAUUUAAACGCACACGCUGAAGGAAACGGGAUCCGCUCUCUAAAUGAUACUGGCCGUUUUAAUAUCACUGAGAUAAGAGUUUUAAAUGCAUGCUUCACUGUGGCUUGUUUUUUUGUGAUAACGUACAUUCCAGUCUACAUUAUUAUCGUUACUUGGAAUUUUAGGUUUGAUGUACCUCAAACGGUCCAUAUAGCAAGCAUUUUCCUGAAGUUCUCGGGUAGCAUGGUAAAUCCAUUUAUCUACGGCAUUGUGAACCCGCUGUUCAAAGUGGCUUUCAAGAGGGCACUCAGUUUUGGUCGCUAUGGUAACUCAGACCCAAAUCAGAAUCUGUCAAGGAAUCGAGUUGCAGUAGUUGAGAUGACAGGUAGAAAUUGGACAAUAUUUACACAUCAUAAUUGA